UUUGAUUAAGUACUUACACUAGACGCAUGAGAUGAUUCUAUUAAUGUGUCACUCCGAUUAAAACAAUUUAAACCAAAUUCAGUAGUUACAUCACUUUUGAGUAACAUGCACUGUGGCAUAAAUUUUGUUGACCAUGUUGAAAUAUUUUGGUCACAACAUCGUAUACUUGGUAUUAAUUUUCAAUGUAUGCCAAUGUAACGAAAAUGUAUGUGAUCGACGUCCAUUGGGAACUAAAACCGAACCGUUACCUCCGGAUAACAGAUUCAAAAUCGAAAUAGUCGGUAUUGGCAAUAACAUGCAGUAUAUACCCUUACGACAAUAUCGAGUUCGCCUGUCCGCAACGGGUGAGGGGUCGACAUUUAUUGCUUUUACAAUAGCUGCUCGUGAAGACACCAAAUAUAAUGACAAAAAUCCUAGGAAACCAAUACUGCUAGACCCAGGGUUCAUUAAAGUCUCGCCAGAUUUUCCUUCGAUACCGAGCCCUAAUUGCAAGAAUUCAGUCAUACAAUCGGAUAUUACACCCAAAAAAUUCGUGGAGGUAUUAUGGCUAGCACCCCCCAAAGACAAUAAAUGUGUAACGAUAUAUGCAGUUUUGGCGGUAAAACCAGAUGUAUGGUACAAUUUUGAAGGGCCGCUAUCCAAACUUGUUUGUGAAGAUCGUCGUAAUGUGGAGGACAUGCAACCGCCAGAAAACGAUGAUUGUCGUAUUUGCGAAGAUGCUAAAUAUUUGCUUACAUUUGAUGGAAUUUGGUCCUACAAUACACACCCGCAAAUGUUUCCAAACACAAAAGAGCUAGCUCGAUUCAGUGAUGUCGUCGGUGCGGCCCACAAUAAAAAUUAUAAUAUUUUUAAUUCCAACUCCGUGGCCAGUCACGGGCUCAAGAUGUUAGCUGAACAGGGCAAUACGACUAAAUUGGAGAUGGAGAUUCUAGCUCAGCUAGGAUCAUCAGUUCGCUCGCUAAUAAAGGCGUCUGGACAGCCCAAACCCAAUAUGGCCACAACAACGACAUUCAGGGUAUCCAAAGAGUAUCACCUCGUGUCGCUGGUGACAGCCAUAUUACCGUCACCUGAUUGGUUCCUUGGCGUUUCUAAUAUGGAGAUGUGCGAUGCGGCAACUGGUGUCUGGGCACCGAACUUGACGUUGAAUAUUUAUCCGUUGGAUGCCGGUACGGAUAGCGGUGCAACGUUUGAGGCAUCGAACGACGAUACUAUGCCACCGCAACAGGUUGCCUCUGCGCCGAUUAAUAAGGAAGUCCCAAAGGAACAAAUGAAGCCUUUUGCGAAACUGAGAUUUGAGUUAAUAAGAACAUACUUGACAUCAGAAUGUGAAAUUGAAACUUCUUCAGCUCCGGAUACAAGACAAGUUCUAGACAAAGGUUCUAGUGAAAACAGUUAUAUUCCUGAGACAUCUCCUGAACCAGAACAACCAAUACUUCCGAUAGAUCCGGAUUCUUCACCGGACUGUCCCAUCACGGAAUGGGAAGAAUGGUUGCCCUGUGAAGGCGAGUGCGAGGGCGGUAAAUUGCAAGGCUUUCAAAGCCGCUUUCGGUAUCAUAUUGUUGAUGAGGUUCCCGUCGGAAAAUAUAGUGAAAACAGCGCUUCAUUCGCUGAUAAAGAAGUGUCACCAUAUUGUUUAGAGAAUUACGACGACAGUGAGAUACAAGAAUGUGAAGAUACAUGUGAUGAAGAUGAGGAAGAAAAUGCUUAAUAUUCAUCGGCAAAUAAAAACAAUGACCUAAAGAAAGAUAUUAAAAAAUGGGCCCAAUAUUCCAUUUACAUAAAUAAAAAUGCAUUUGAUUA